CCGCCCCGCCAUCGGCCCACCCUGCCCAGCACAGGGUUGGUUCUGAAGCCUCCAGCCACUUGCCCACCUGCCAGGGAGUCUCUGGGGGCAGCCAUGAAGUCCCUCGUUCUACUCCUUUCCCUCGCUCAGCUCUGGAGCUGCCACUUGGUCACAGCUGUCCCACUGCUGGGUUACAGGGAACCAAACUGUGAUGACCCAGAAGCAGAGCAGGUGGCCCUGCUGGCUGUGGACCACAUCAACAAUCACCUUCAGCAGGGGUACAAGCACAUCCUGAACCGGAUCGACAAGGUGAAGGUGUGGCCCCGGCGACCCACCGGAGAGGUGUAUGAGCUUGAAAUAGACACGCUGGAGACCACCUGCCACGCACUGGACCCCACUCCCUUGGCAAACUGCAGCGUGAGGCAGGUGACACAGCAUGCUGUGGAAGGAGACUGCGACUUCCAUGUGCUGAAGCAGGACGGCCAGUUCACCGUGUUGUCUGCGAAGUGUGACUCCACUCCAGACUCGGCUGAGGACAUACUCAAGCUGUGCCCAGACUGCCCCCUGCUGACCCCGCUGAACGACACCAGAGUGGCUCAAGCCGCCGAAGCCGCCCUGACAGCCUUCAACGAGAAGAACAACGGCGCCUAUCUGCAGCUGGUGGAGAUCGCCCGGGCUCAGCUUGUGCCUCUCCCAGCUUCCACCUAUGUGGAGUUCACCGUGGCUGCCACUGACUGUGUUGCUAAAGAGGUCACCGAUCCGGCCAAAUGCAACCUGCUGGCGGACAAGCAAUAUGGCUUCUGUAAGGCAACGGUCGCUGAGAAGGUUGCUAGAGAAGAGGUGGAGGUGACCUGUACCAUAUUCCCAGCCCAGCCUGUGGUCCCACAGCCCCAACCAGACGUCGCUGGCGCAGCAGCAGUGGAACCAGCCCCAGCAGUGGACCCAGCUUCACCUGUGUCCCCUCCAGAUGGCCAGUCCCCAUCUUCCCUAGUGGUGGGGCCUGUGUUGGUGGCACAAGCCCCGGCCCCACCCCGGGCGCACUACGACCUGCGCCAAACCUUCGCGGGGGUGCCCUCGAUGGAGUCAGGCUCGGGAGAAGCCUUCCACCCUGGGAAAGUGCCCGUGGUGGUGCAGCCUAGCGUUGGCGCUGCCCCUGGCCCCGUGAUCACCCCGUGCCCAGGGAAGGUCAGAUACUUCAAGAUCUAAGCUAGACACAGCAGAGAUGAGAAAGUUUGGCACAAAGAACGUGCGCACUGUUGUGUCCAAGCCUGCACGUGGGUGGCCGCCUUGUCUGCUGUCAAAAUUGGUGCUGCAUGAGGUCUAGAUUAGUAUCACGUCUCGAAUCCCACCUUCAGAGGGGGAAGUAGAGGAGGCGGGGCGAGGUCCAGCGGCAAGAAUAAGGCUGAACAGUUGAUUGCCAUCUCUGCCUUCCAAUCGACCUCACAUAAGCAACUGAGCUGUGACUUUGAAAGGUGCUCUUGCCAGUCUUGUAUCUGCCUGUUAACAAAAGUGCCUGUUGGACUUUCCUUAAUAAAGAAGAUUCUAAGCUGAAA